CGGAACGAAGUGCAAUGCUUGCUUCCAAUCAAUCCCGUCGAGUGAGCUUGUCAUGAGGGCGCUCUCCAACGUGUACCACCUCCGCUGUUUCACAUGCGUCAUGUGUGAUCAACAACUUAAGAAGGGUGACGAAUUCGUUCUGAAGGAGAAUCGCCUGUAUUGCAAAGAGGACUACACGAAGGAACACACGGUGGAUACGCAAAAAGUGUCUUCAAAGUCAAGUUCGCAAGAUGGCCGGAAGGGACCAAAGCGACCUAGAACGAUCCUGACAACGUCACAAAGAAGAGCUUUCAAAGCAUCCUUCGAGGUAUCUUCUAAACCUUGCAGGAAGGUCCGGGAAACCCUUGCCAAAGAGACCGGUCUCAGCGUAAGGGUAGUCCAGGUCUGGUUCCAGAACCAACGAGCUAAGGUAAGGAAAGAACAUAUGAAGAAACUUGCUAGGAAGAGUAUGACUGAGCAAGAGGCAGCUGCACAAAGGAGAUCAGGAAACGACGACCAAGAUGAAAGUAAAGACGACGACAGCGACUUCUCUUUCAGUGACGUCACAGACCUUGAUAAUUACGCUUCGGGCGGUCCCUCCUCCAUCCCUCCCUCCUCUCACCAGGGAAUGAUGGAAUCACCCUACGGACAGGACUCCCCCCUCGGAAAUCAGCCACCGGUAAUUGGUAUGAUGAACCAACCCAUGUACAGCCCGGAGCAGUUCCUAGCCGACGGUCCCCCGACCGGGAUGGAUGUAGGAGGGGUGAUGGACCACCACCACGACAUGAUCCCUCCCGGUCAGGUCACAACCCUCCUUACCAAGGGAGAGAUGGAGAUGAAUGGGGUGCACGUCCCGCAGGUGGGGGGCAUCAUUGGUAACCCCAUCGACAAGCUAUACUCCAUGCAAGAUUCCUACUUUAAUGCGGUGGAAUAAUAAUGGAGACUUUAUAUAGAGACGAGCGAAUACUCGUUUGACUUGCGGACCUUUAUUGGGACAAGUGAUAUGCUCAAGAACACUGAGCACUGAGCAUCUUAGUCGGCUUAAGGAGAGAGGCGGGUCUCUGUUUUGAGAAUUAAAGCAAAGUGGAACGGAACGUGCUGAGGUUACCUGAAGCCCAGAGAUGUGGAAGUCGUCAACAGCGUCUGGUAACCAUGGAAACAGAAGAUGGGGUAUGCAGAGGAGUCUGAUGAUGGCCCGGGCCAAGGACAUGACUAAUGAAUUUUGUUAUAAGGUACUCUUUCAAAAGGUGUGGUGUGUUUUAUAGUGGUGUGACGACGUGGAGCUGAUCACGAUUGAAUGAGAUUUGAUUUUGUCCUGAAACAGAGCUUGUUUAAGGACUUUAAAGGCUUAAAAAAAAUAAGACGGAUGAUGGUAGAACUCAGCACAUAUAUGAAAACAAGAAGUUCUGCCAAAAACAUGGAAGGAUUCCCAAACAGAUUUGACAGAGACUUGGCUUUUCUUUCUUUACAUCAGGUGACUUUAAAGAUAUAGAGAAAGAAUUAAGACGCAAUGAUAUAUCAAAUUAAAAUUGAAAUAGGUAUAUCCAACUAUGAUUAGAUACAUUCCAAAAUGUCACUAAAAUGGAGACGCUUUUAUGCUCGCAGUGAUGCCUGGAGUUACAUUUUGUUGAAUGCUGAUUGAAAAAGAAAAUCUAAGAUAUAAUGAAUGAGCCUUGGACAAUACAGAAUAUCAUGACAUUUGAUUGAAAAGCAAAAUUGGGCAUGGAUAAAUACUGUGACACAAUGAAGGUAGGCAUAUAGCUUUCAGUAUGGAAUUCCUAUGUGCAUGUACAAGACACAUGGGAUCAUUCAUCAUUGAAGCAGGUAGAAACAUUCCUUUUCUGUAUUCAACCACAAACAAAAAUAUUGUGUGUGUAAUUGGUUUUUAAGGUGUGUAUCAAUCAGUAUCAUGUAUUUAACUUCUGUGGACUGACGUUUAACGUCACAAUCCAAUAGGUAUUUCAGACUCGGAGAAGGGUCUGGGCCUGAAUCGAUUUGAAACUAUUCGCUGGAUUGCUCGCGAAUGCUUCAAUAAAAAGUUGGGUUAUAAAUCUAAAUGCUGUUGUCAUUGACAAAACCAUAUAUAUGGAUGAAUUUAAUUAUCAUAAUUGCAAGAUUUCACACUCGAAUGAUGGAGACUGAUAUGAGCUUCGAUGGGAGGAAUUCAGAAAUUUAGUAUAUCACUUUUUGACGUCAAAUUAUAAUUUGGCACAUAGAAUGAAUCAUGUUUUAUCAUGUACAAAAUAUACCGACAGUGUUUUUUUCUGUCGACCAACGUGCAAUCAACUUUAUUAUUUUUGUUUUUAGAAAUGUCUUAUAUUUAUGUCAUGUUCUACAAGUACUUGUUACCAGAAUACUGGUACAAAUCCUUCAGUCUAUUGAUUUAUUCAGCUGUGCUUGCAUUUGUGAUUUAGGCCUACAUUUGUAAGAGAUCCGAGUUUGGAAAACAACUCUUUUAAUGGUUAAAUUUCAGUACUUAUUAAUCAUCCUGCCAUCUUGUAAAAUAAUGCAGCGUUUUCAGUUCAUUUUAGAAACAAUACCUAAUGAAAACAAAUAGUAUUAAAUCUGUAAGAUUAUCAGUACUCUUAAUGACCAUUUAGUUCAUUAAUUUGGAAUUAAUCAACGCUACCUAUGAACAGUUUUCAGAAAAUUGAACCUCAACUAGGAUCAUUUGAAUAACCUUGAUAUGUUUAUCUACAGUGUGGAAGAAUAUGAUUAAACUAUGAAAUAUGAAAAUGCAAUACCUUUAUUCAGAUAAAUCUGUUGGAAGAAACUAUUUCAACAUAUUGCGUGAAAAUGUUCCACCAUAGUACAAUCUCAUCUUGAUAUCAAAUUGUGGGGGAAUUUAUGUGGUGUCUAAUUCUGGACUUUUGUUGUUUAAAUGAACUAAUUCUAUUAUUUCUGAGAUCCAUCAGAUAAAUCAUGGAUGUAAAUGAUGAGACUGUAUAGAUAUCUAGUAGUAUUAGUGAUCACACCUCCGUAGAAUUUCUAUUCUUUUGAUAAGACAAACUGUGCUUUCAUUUGUAAUUUCUUUUAAAAAGUGAAUCAUUCCACUGAAUUUUCCUUUAUGGUGUAUGAUAUAGAUGGUGUAUUAGUUCUUUGUGUCAUAUACUUGUCAGAUUUCUUUUCCUACUACAUAUCGUGUUUAUUUUAUAACGUGCUGUCAAUUUCUUAGUAUUUAUUGACUUAUUUAUUACGAUUCUACGAUUUAAUGCCAUUUGAACACAAAUAUUUGUAUAAUGUACAUACUCUAGAACUAUGUCUAUACGUUUCCUUAUUUAUUAUGUAACUAUGAAGAGAGGGAGUUUGUUUUCUUUAUAAUACAUUCAAGUCCAUGUGCAAAGAUUUUAGACGAGUUUGAAUGUUUUCUUUUCAUCUUGAUUAAAUGUGAAUGCAUUAUCAAAUUUAA